GACUCGGGAAUAUAUCGGCCGUUCCUGUACUGUCACUGGGUCCAAAAUCCUGAAACUCCCUCCCCCUGGCAGCUCUCAUGUCGCAAAACCACGGCAAGGCAUUCAGAAUGAGAGCGGCGGCCACAGUGAAUCUGAGUCAAAACCUCACUGGGUUGAUCUGUGAGGAGCUAGGCCAUAAUCUUUGCUACUUCGCACGUUUCAGCUGUGGUUAGAUAAACUGAGACCGUUGACUCUACAAAAUUGGCUCAAAAGGAGCCAAAGGCCUGAACAUGUUCAUUGCUUAAGGGUUCUCGUUCCGUUGCCCUGGUUACCAAUGCUUUUGGCCUGACUUCAGUCAUGGGUUGGAAGGUUUGCAAAUCAUCUGGCUUCAGGAAUUUUACCAGGUUGUGAGCAAGUACAGGCCUCACUUCCUGGCUGUUCAUUGCCAGGAGAUCGGAGGCAAGGACUAUGAGACGGGCAUGGUUCACGUGGACAAGUUUGUAAUCAACAUCCUUUCGAGCAAGGAGAUGAGAGAGUACGACCGGGUGCGGGUGUACAUUGACGAGGAUUUCACUGCUCACAACCACUUCACUGCCCUGGGCAGUAUGUACUUCCUACAUGAAUCAAUUCAAGCCAUUUACCAGUUUGAUUUUAAAGCUCAGAACUACAAGGAAGUGGUUGGCAAAGAGGUCCACACAACAUGUCUACAGAACAACAGCAUGAUUGAGAAAGAAAGGUUUGCCCAGGACUUCUGGCCUGAGUUUAAAUGGUCUCGGAAAGGCUACAUACGGACCAGGUGGAGACUGCAGAAUCGCACCUUUGACCUGGUGAACAUUCACCUCUUCCACGACGCCUCCAAUCUCAUCGCCUGGAAGAGUCCCUCCACAUUCCCAGGGAACAGACGUAAGGCACUGGGACAUGUCCUCAGUAGGAUUACGGACGCUCGCUAUGAGAAGGUGCCCUUCUUAAUUUUCGGAGACUUCAACGUGCGUCUGGACACACAGAGAGUGGUCGAGACUCUAUGUAGCACAGCCUCUGUGGAGACCAUACUGAACGGUGAUGCGGAGGACGUGAAGAAGGUUAUCUUUCAGGAGCAAGGCAAUGACCAUAAGGUGCUGUUGAGGAUCGAGUCCAAAACCUUCGACUAUUUUGAUCAGGAUGUUUUCCGACAAAACAAUGGGAAAGCCCUUUUAGAGUUCGACAGGGAGUUGGCUACGUUCUUCGAUGAAAUCUGCGAGCUGGACAUCGAGUUCCCUCCGAGUUACCCAUACAGUGAAGUCAACACUGAGGGAACGCAGUAUGCAAACACUCGCUGCCCAGCUUGGUGUGACCGCAUCCUCAUGUCUCCCUCCGCCAAUGAAGUCGUGAUAAAGGGGAGAUAUGUUUACGACCUCAUGGGGCUUUCAGUCUGUAUGGGUGACCAUAAGCCCGUGUUCCUGUACUUUCAGCUCACAGAUUGAAAAGUAAUGGGGGCAACUGAGGCUCCAUCAGCACCGGAAGCUGCGAUCAUCGGCCACUCGUCAGCGACCAACACUUGCCCCGUCUGAACUCAAGCCCGAACAGCUCAAGAGCCAACGAUUGCAGAGUCUCGCCCUCGAGUCCUUGACCAACCUCCCCACAGGUCCCUGGGGCCUCGCCCUGGGAUCGACUGGCAUUCAGGAGGCCGUGGCCACUUCCUGCCUCUCGAAGGCCUCAGUGCCCGACGAAUCCCUCCUCAACGUUUCAGCCUUUGUACAGCACAGAGUUACAAAGCAGCUCGGUGUAGGAAAUGCGGCAUGCACAUGAGCUUUAUUUAUCAAAGUUUCAUCUUGCUGUCCGGGGUAGCUGUUUGUCCAGGCCGCGAACCUUUCCAAAUCCUGCUUCGCGGCUGAACUCCCAGCCCUGUGGGAUGACACCCCUGUUGACUGAGGAUGACCUUUACCUGCAAUCGGUGGCUUCCCUGUUGUCUUGACUCGUGCCAAGGGCAGGUGAGGGGUGGUGGAAGAGGUUUGACGUGACGCUGAUGAGUCACACCGUCAGGACCUCACCCUCCAGCAACGAUCUAGGCAAACCCACCUAGCCAUGGAAGCCGAGCUCUAAUAACAUGGCCAACGCCCUGUUGGUGAACUGGGCCUUGUUUCUGUAGCCUGUCUCUCUUAUCAUCUCUUGCACAGUUUUUUUUUUAGUCUUUAUUCCCUCAUGAGACGUCAGCAUCACUGGCAGGUCCGGCCUUUGUUGCCCAUCCCUAAUUGAACCAAGUGGCUUGCUAGGCCCAUUUGGGCUGUGGGUCUGGAGUCACAUGUAGGCCAAGCUAGGUAAGGAUGGGAGAUUUCCCUUCCCUGGAGGACAUUAGAGAGCCAGACAGGAGUUUACGACAAUCGAUGAUAGGUUUAUUACUAAUUAAUUUAUUAUUAAUUGUUUAAAUUGAAUUGAAUUAAGUUAAUUAAUUUCAAUAAUUAAUUAUUAUUGGGUGCUAAAUUAAUUAAUAAUAAUAAAUAAUAAUUGAGUUCCUACUUUGAAUAAUUAAUUACUUUGAAUAAUUAAUUGAUUUAAUUGAACUGAAUUUAAAUUCCACCAGCUGCCGUGACAGGAUUUGAACCCAUGGAGCUCCGGGUUACACAGUAAUAUUGCCACCGCGCCACUGUUUCCCCAUACUGUCAACCCCACAUUCCAGGAAAGCUCUCCUCGUAGGCUUCCUCCACUCCAUUCGUGGCGGCCAGUUUUAACCGUGUACCCUAUCUCCCGGACCCUUUUUCUCACCAGCCUCUCCCGCGUUUUCCGAUGGGGAUCUCCCCUCGCUGCCCUCUGAUCCUGGCACCUCUGAUUUCCAAACACUCGCCUCCUCCUGCCCCACCCUCCCUAUCACAGAUCGCACCCCCUCCACAACC